CUUGCCCUUUCCUUUCCGUCUUCACGUGCCGAUACGCGGUCUUUCAAGUGGUUCCCCGAGUUUAUCUUGGGGGGGGGGGGUGGCGGCUGGCAGUGAGACACCUCAGAUAAGAAGGACUCCAGUCCUCCUUCUAGAAGUCCCCACUUGGAAGGGUCAGAGGAGGGAAAGAAAGUCAUUGUUAAAUCGUAAUCUUAGCGGUCAUUUAACUGAAGAGCUAGUAACCGUUAACCAGGGGUCAGAGGAUGACCUGAGACCCCUGUCAUGAGCUCUGCCCCAGAGUAAACGGGAUAGUUCAGGGGCAGGUGGCCGCCUCAGCAUGUACUCCAGAGCUCACAUCUUGCUGGAAAGAGAGUUCAAGGAGUUACGGAACAAGAGAAAUGAGGGCAUCAUUGCUUUUCCUACAAGAGAAGACAUGAUGAGCUGGGAAGCUCAGAUUGAAGGGUUUCAGAAUUCCAUCUGGGAAGGAUUUCUUUUCCACUUGACAAUAGAUUUUACACCAGAGUACAACCUUGUUCCUCCAGCUGUGAAAUUUCUAACAAUUCCUUUCCAUCCAAAUGUAGACCCACAUACCGGUCGGCCCAGUAUACAUUUUUUGGACAACCAGAACAGCUGGAACACAAAUUACACAAUACUCAGCAUCUUACAUGCUAUACAGAGGCUACUUUCUAAUCCUGUCCUAGAAAACCCAGUGAAUUUGGAAGCAGCAAAGCUGUUGGUUAAAGAUGAGUCUAUGUACAGAGUAGUAGUUCAGAAACUUUUCAAGCCAGCACCACCAGUAAAGGAGGGCAACCUAAAGCUUUCUGAAAAGCCACAAGAAGCUACCAGAGUAAUUAAGAAAAUCUCAUUUAAUGAUUACUACAAGACAUGGUCUACGAUAGCCACAUCACAAACAGCAGAACACUCCAGAAAUCCAUUUGUUGGAGAUCCAAAAUUCAUGGGACAGUACUACAAAUGGAGGCAACAAAACCGACAGCAUCAUAAACAGUGGAAGCUGAAGUUUGAGCUCGCUAAGUAUCGGUUUGAUAAAGAAAAUAAAUCGUCAGGGCGCAGUAGAGAUCACUCCGUCCAAAGAACGGUCGACUCAUCUCCAACUGAGCUUUCUUAUGAGUCUAUAGAAAGUGAAUCAAGGUUUUAUGAACUAGAACAGAAGUGGAAACAUGAAAAUUGGUCUGAAAAAGCUGAGUCAAGCGAGUCAUGGGAAGAGGAAGUGGACAACCUGCUGGCCUGGACCAAUGCUCUUGAUGUCAAGUCUCUGAACUAUGAUGAUUAACAUCCAAGGAUUUUCUACAGCACCCAGUCAUCAUGUAGCCUCACGGGAGCAACCAUGGAAGAUGCUGAGAACCUGGG